AUGCAGGGAGUCCGACGACUGAGCAAGACCCUCCAACAGCGGGGCGAAGGCAAGCAUGCAGGGCAGGCUGAGGAUGAAGAGAUGCUGUCAGUGCGCUUGGUCCACAAGCGGGCCUUGACGCUGUUGAACGAUACCGUCGUCCCGGCGAAUCUCUUCCUGUUCAACGCCUGCGGCAUUCUCUGGAACCCUGCCCAGGACAUCUAUCCUCACCAUCCUGGUCAUGCCAACCCAGCCAGUUUAAACUCUUUGAGCUCAUUCAUCCUCCUCCGGGUCAGUUGA